AUGAUCAUCCCGGUCCGCUGCUUCACCUGCGGCAAGGUGAUCGGGAACAAGUGGGACCACUACCUCGAUCUUCUCCAGGCCGAUUACACUGAGGGGGAUGCUCUGGAUGCCUUGGGCUUGGUUCGCUACUGCUGCCGCCGUAUGCUCAUGACCCAUGUUGAUCUCAUCGAGAAGUUGCUCAACUACAACAGUAAGUUGAUGCUGUUAUGUAACUUCCCCUGGAGAAGACGGAGACAAAUUGAACCCAUUCUGCCUCGAAACCCUUGUUCCUUUGUCUUUUCAAGAUGGAUGAUAUGCUGUUUCUUAUGUCAGUGCUUAGGAGGUGCAAAGUGUGAGGUCCUGAAAUGA